AGGGCGGCGCUAAGAUGGCGGCGACGGUCGCAGGGUCCGGGGCGGCCGAGGUCCCCAGCUCGCUGCUGCUCGUAGUAGGCGGCGAGUGUGGGUGCCGGGGGCUGCUUGCCUACGUGCUGGAAGAGCUUGAACGAGGCAUCCGGUCUUGGGACAUUGACCCUGGUGUCUGCAGCCUCGAUGAGCAGCUCAAGGUUUUCGUGUCCCGGCACUCAGCCACCUUCUCGAGCAUUGUGAAAGGCCAGCGGAGCCUGCACCACCGUGGUGACACCCUGGAGACGCUGGUCCUCCUGAAUCCAUCAGACAAAUCCCUGUGUGACGAGCUCCGGAACCUUCUGCUAGACCCUGCCUCUCACAAGCUGCUGGUGUUGGCUGGGCCCUGCCUGGAGGGGACAGGGGAGCUGCUGCUCCAGACCGGGGGCUUCUCGCCCCGCCACUUCCUCCAGGUCCUGGGGGACAGAGAGAUCCGGGAUCUCCUGGCCUCCACACCCCAGCCUGCAGAGCCGCCCAAGCUCACCAUCACCUGCCCGACCUUCGGUGACUGGGCCCGGCUGGCCCCCGAAGUGCCCGGCCUGCAGGGCGUGCUCCAGCUGCGGUUGAACCCUCCAGUGCAGCUGCCGGCUUCCGAGGGCCUGCGCGAGUUCCUGGAGUACGUGGCCGAGUCACUGGAGCCGCCCUCCCCCUUCGAGCUGCUCGAGCCUCCGGCCUCCGUGGGCUUCCUCAGGCUCGCCCGGCCCUGCUGCUACAUCUUCCCCGGCGGCCUUGGGGACGCCGCCUUCUUCGCCGUCAAUGGCUUCACCGUGCUGGUCAAUGGCGGCUCCAACCCCAAGUCAAGCUUCUGGAAGCUGGUGCGGCAUCUGGACCGGGUGGACGCUGUGCUGGUGACGCACGCAGGCGCCGACAGCCUCCCAGGCCUCAACAGUCUGCUGCGGCGCAAGCUGGCAGAGCGCGAUGAGGCGGCAGCUGGCGGGGGCUCCGGGGACGACCGGCUCCGCCGGCUGAUCUCCCCCAACCUGGGCGUCGUGUUUCUCAACGCCCGCGCGGCUGCCUCGCGGCUGGUGCGUGGGGAGGAUGAGGCCGAACUGGCCCUGAGCCUCCUGAGCCGGCUGGGCAUCACCCCUAUGCCCCUGAACCGAGGGCCACUGCCUGCCGAGCCCACCGUGCUCUUCCAGAAGAUGGGCGUGGGCCGGCUGGACAUGUAUGUGUUGCACCCGCCCUCAGCCACCACCACCGACCACACCCUGGCCUCCGUGUGUGCCCUGCUGGUGUGGCAUCCCGCGGGCCCCUCCGAGAAGGUGGUGCGUGUGCUGUUCCCCGGCUGCACACCCCCCGCCCGCCUCCUGGAUGGCCUGGUCCGCCUGCAGCACCUGGGGUUCCUGCGGGAGCCGGUGGUGACGCCCCAGGACCUGGCUGGGCCCCGGCGAGCUGAGAGCAAGGAGAGCGUGGCCUCCCGGGACAGCUUGAGGAGAGAGGGCCGCACGGUGGUGCCCUCCAGGCCCACCCAGGAGCGCCCGGCGGUGGCCCGGAAGGGAUCCCCACGGACUGAGGCCCCUCGCAGGGCUGAGAAAGAAGCCCGGCCCCCCCGGGAGGUGAAGAAGGACCCCAGAGCCGGCGCCCCUCGCACCCAAGCCCGGGAGGUGCGCCGGGCAGGCUCUGCCACGGUCAGUGGCAAGAACGUGGGUGCCCAGGUGGCUCCCAAGCCCCGCAGAGCACCCAACACACCCCGCCCAGGGGUCCCACCAGCUGAGAAUGGGCCCCGCAGCCCCCCCAGCUUCCGGAGUGGAGAGGCCAGCCCCCCGACGGAGUCCUGCGGCUCCCCGGCCCCCCAGCUCGUGGCCACGCCCAGCCAAGAGAGCAGCCUAGAUCUGGGGCUCAGCCCGGCAGGGGAGGAAGGCGGCAGCUUAGAGGAGAAAACCCUGGAGCUGCUGUUGGCCUCCAGCACCCCCCAGCCGUGCACGCCCUCGCCCGCCGGAGCCCAGCAGGGCCCAACAGAGAGCAGCGGGCCACUGUCGCUGAGCCCCCUGCGGGGUGGGGAGCCCGGGCCGGAUGCCUCCCCCACGGUGACCACGCCCUCGCUGCCCGCGGAGGUGGGCUCCCCGCACUCCACGGAGGUGGACGAGUCCCUGUCCGUCUCCUUCGAGCAGGUGCUCCCGCCGCCAGCUGCCGCCGCGGGUGAAGCCGGGCUCAGCCUCCCGCUCUGCGGCCCCCGGGUGCGGCGCUCGGCCUCCCCGCAUGAUGUGGACCUGUGCCUGGUGUCGCCCUGUGAGUUUGAGCACCGCAAGGCCGUGCCCAUGGCGCCAGCCCCCGUGUCCCCCGGCAGCUCCAACGGCAGCAGCGCCCGGUCGCAGGAGCGGGCCGGCGCGCCAGGAGGAGCCGAGGAGACACCGCCCACAUCCGUCAGCGAGUCCCUGCCCACCCUGUCCGACUCGGACCCCCUGCCGGCUGCCCCUGGCACUGCCGACUCGGACGAGGACACGGAGGGCUUCGGGGUCCCCCGCCGUGACCCGCUGCCUGACCCCCUCAAGAUCCCCCCACCGCUGCCCACCCCACCUAGUAUCUGCAUGGUGGACCCGGAGAUGCUGCCUCCCGAGCAGGCCCGGUUGAAAGAAGGCGGCGGCCGUACCCGGAAGCCCCUUAGCCGCCCCAGCUCCGGCACGACUGCCCCCAAAGCCACUCCAGUGACUGCUGCCAAAACCAAGGGGCUGGCCAGUGGGGACAGGGCCAGUCGGCCACUCAGCGCCCGCAGCGAGCCCAGUGAUAAAGGAAAUCGGGCACCCCUGUCCAGAAAGCCCUCCGUCCCCAAGGCAACCACUCGAGGUCCAUCCGGGCCAGCUGGCAGCCGGUCAGCAGGGUCAGCGGCCCCACCUGGCUCCCCUGUCUACCUUGACCUGGCCUACCUGCCCAGCGGAGGCAGUGCCCGCCUGGUGGACGAAGAGUUCUUCCGGCGGGUGCGAGCGCUCUGCUAUGUCAUCAGCGGCCAGGACCAGCACAAGGAGGAGGGCAUGCGGGCCGUCCUGGACGCGCUCCUGGCUGGCAAGCAGCAGUGGGACCGGCAGCUCCAGGUGACCCUGAUCCCCACCUUCGAUUCGGUGGCGAUGCACGAGUGGUACGAGGAGACGCACACCCGGCACCAGGCUCUGGGCAUCACGGUGCUGGGCAGCAACAGCACCGUGUCUAUGCAGGACGAGGCCUUCCCCGCCUGCAAGGUGGAGUUCUAGCCCCACCCCGCACCCCCCAGCAUCUGCCACUGUCCUGGGAUGUACCUGCGUCAGAAAUAAACCAGGUACCGGCUCAGCUGUGGCCUCGUUCCUUCUGCCGGCAGGAGACUCAGCAGCGCUCCAGACAGUCAUUGCUGCCAUGGGGUGGUCCCCAGUUUGGGGAGGGACAGCUUCUGCGGAAUCCCCAGUAGCUCCAGGUCAGAUGUGCUCUGGCCCCCGUGUCACAGAUGGAAAACCCAGGCCCAGGGGAGGCAGUACCUCCCAGGUCAGUGGAGCUGGCUGCCGACAUCAGCCCUCCAGUCCAGCAGCUGUGACUGUGGGUCCCCCGUUUUAUAGACAGGAAGGCAGCUGCCAAACCAGCCGCACAAUCCAGGUGGUGGCCAAGGUGAGAUCUGAACCCUGACUCUCUGCUCCCGAGCCGUUCCAACAGAAGUCAUCCUCUCUUCCUAGGGAUAAUUGACACUCAUGGCAGGACAGUCUUGCAUCCUGCAUCAGGCUCUCAACUCAUGAUUGACCGGGACAUUUUUGCAGACACUAAUGCCCAUGGCCAGCGUUUUUAUUUUGGCCGGCCAAAAUUUUAUUCUGUUAUUUCACUAACACUGUGUGGGUUAUUACAUUCAGUAGUUACACCUGACACACCUGUGAAGUCUUCUCCGCACCGUGAGUUUCAUUUUCACUUCCGUGUCAGAAUCAGUCACUAAAGUUUCUUGUCUUUUCAUUGGUCUGACAUUCACAUUGUCUGAGUCGGAACUACCUUCUGAAGAACUGCGCCUUUGGAGACACUACUGUGUAUUUCACUCGGACAGUCAGAGCAGGUAUCUGCAUAAAAUUCACUGAAAAAUUCUCCACUCAGAAAAUUUAGCAAUAUAUCAUUUUUGAAAAAUUUAUGGUAACAAACGUGUUUAUAAAAUACACAAGGUUGGAACUAACGGAGGAAAACGUGAAUGAUGACAAUCGUAAGUUGUAUAAUGAACCCUUGAUCAGUUUUAAGCUCUAACAACUUUGCCUGGUGUUUUUAAUUGUAUUACUCUCUAAAUAUUGAUACGUCUUUGGUCAAUAAUGUUCAGGUAACAAAAGAUGUAUUAAUAUGUGUCCAGUCAGCAAUGUGGUUUUUUUUUUUUUUUUUUUUAGCCAUGUGUUUAAAACACAGUCUGAAACCUAAAAGCUACAAAAAUGUGACAAGUGCUAACCCCUCAAUACCUACCCUCUUUCCUAUAAGGAGACUUCUUAGUCUGGGGUCUGAAGAAGGGUUACUGUUCAUACAUGAGGCCGUGUCACCCUGACUUUUCAUCUUGGACGCUUGUUGAGUACAGGUGCUGCCUCCUUGUUCUCAUUUCAUUUUUUUCCAGGGAGGUUUUCUUAUAUUUAUUUUUAAUUAGUUCAAAUUUUUUAUUUAGAUGUUUGUCUUUUUCUCAUUCAGACAUCAUAAUUCUUUUUUUUCCCUAAAUAGGGACAAUAAACUUGUUAAAAUUUUCAAUCAUUAAAAAAUGCAUAACAUAAAAUUUGCCAUUUUAACCACUAAUAAACUCUUGCGUUGUAAAUUUUUUUUUUUUUUUUUCCCAAAUUUGCCUUUCAGUUUUGUUUAGGAGCAGUUUUGCUGUAAACGUUUUAUUUUUAUGAUUUGCAAACCUCAGUUCUUAAAAUGUCCCUCCUUUGUGCUUUUAGAGGUCCUUCCACAGUUGGCACAAAUUCUCCCAAGGUUGGGGUUUUUUUUUUCUGGUUAUUUUUACCCACAUAGGGCUUAUUUUGGGAUGAAGGGAGAGGUAAGGGAUUGCCCCAACCUGGACAAUUGAGUUUUCAAUGCAAUGUACAGAUUUAAAACACUCCUUCCUCCCUGAAAAAGAUGCCAAAUGUGUUGUUGUUUAUUUCCAAAUCUGUACUAAUCCAUCGCCAACGUUUCUGGCCAUCUCCUUACUUUCUCCUGUGUAGAUCUGUGUGCCUCAGUAGCUCAUCAGGCAGGUUCUUUCUCCUUAAUUUUACUUUUUGCCUCCAUAAAAGGUUGUUUUUACAAUCUCAUUCCUCUUGGAGCUCUAGAAUCUCCACAGAGGGGACCCAAACACAUGCUUGAGAAAAGCUGUCUGCUUCUGCUUCUGACCAGAUAGUGGGCUAGAGCCCUAAUAAAAACAACUAAAAUUGCUGGGUGAAAAUGAGUUAAGUGUUGGUUAAUGUAUCAGUGAGCACCCAGAAAAUGAGGAACAGUCAGAGGCCAGAAUAGUGCAGACAGAAACCCCAGGAGGGAAGAAGGAAGCAGCUUUUCUGUUACACAAGGCGGUCUUCCAUCUUCUUUUCAUGGACCUUCAAGAUGGUGUGUCUGAUAAGCAGAGACCUCAAAGCAUGAAGUAGACAUCAAAAUAAGAUCUUUCCAAAGAUGGAAAGCAAACUUAGGUGGAUGACAUGGUUUAAAGCAGUCCAGGACACUGGAGACCCUGGGGGAACUUUCAAUUAAUCCUAAAGAGUUCUCCCAGUCACAUCCCAGGACAUGGGAGCCAGCAUCAGAAUGCACAGCCUGUGAAUGCCAGUGGCACAGACCUGGUGUCUUUAAUCCUGGUGUCUUUGCUGUGUUUAGUCCUGAAAAGUGAACAAAGCGCAAGAGACAGUGAUAUUUGCAGAAGAGCCAAAUAGAACUAAGAGAAAUGAAAAAGCAAAUAAUUGGGUUGGCUCAACAGUGAAACUGUAGGUAGCUGAAGAGAAAAUAGGUGAACUGGAAGAUGGAACUGAAUGAGUUUCCUAAACAGGGGAAAGAAAAAAGGGGAUUGAGACAGAGGAGAGAGCAGAGGCAAAUUCUGAAGGGGAUAAUAGUGGAGAAUUUUCCAGAAGUAAUGAAAGGUAUCAAUUCAGUCGUAUUCAGAAAUCCAGCCAAAUCCCAAACAGGAUAUAUAAAAAGACAACUUGGCAAACCUAGACAGCGUAUUAAAAAGCAGAGACAUCACUUGUUGACAAAGAUCCAUAUAGUCAAAGCUAUGGUUUUUCCAGUAGUCCUGUAUGGAUGUGAGAGUUGGACCAUAAAGAAAGCUGAGCGCCAAAGAAUUGAUUUCGAAUUGUGGUGCUGGGGAAGACUCUUGAGAGUCCCUUGGACAGCAAGGAGACCCAACCAGUCCAUCCUAAAAGAAAUCAACCCUGAAUAUUCAUUGGAAGGACUGAUGCUAAAGCUGCAGCUCCUAUACUUUGGCCACCUGAUGUGGAGAGUGGACUCAUUGGAAAAGAGUCUGAUGCUGGGGAAGAUUGGGGGCAGGAGGAGAAGGGGAUGACAGAGGAUGAGCUCGUUGGAUGGCACCAUCGACUCAGUGGACAUGAGUUUGAGCAAACUCAGGGAGAUGGUGAAGGACAGGGAGGCCUGGUGUGCUGCAGCCCAUGGGGUUGCGAAGAGUCAUAUACGACUGAGCGACUGAACAGUGCAGAAAACCACAGUCAACAAGAAAAGCAAGAAUAGUAGACGGAGAGACAGCUUCUCAGCCCCACAGCAUGAAACUCAGGACCCGGUCGGGUACCGUCUUUAGCAACCCAGAAGUUCUCAUUCAACAGAAGCAUCUUUGGAAGGUGAGAGAAAUGAAGACCCUUUGUUGAGUGAAAUCCUGAGGGAAUUUUUUUCAGGUAGAAAAUGAUCCAGUGGAAGAGCUGACUUGCACAAGGAAACAGCAAAGAAGUUAGAAUAACAGCUAAAGUGUCAUCCUCGUUAACAAGAAUUACGGUAUCCAGUGUGUAGGAUGGAAAAUUGCGUUUAGGGAAUGGUGGCAAAUAGGUAAAAACUGAAUGGAGUAAGCAUUUAAAAUCUUCACAUGUUUGAGGGGAGAGUAACAUACCACUUAGUUGAGCGGAGUGGCAGUAUUAAUAGUUAGAGUAAAUACUGGGUGAACAGAACUAUUGUAUAACUUCCAGAUUAGUAGAGGGGAGAAAUUAGACUAAAAAAAAAAGAAAAUCCCAAAUUCUUCCAUAAGGAAACAGGUACAAAUAGAAAGCCCAAGAUAAUGAAAAUACAUACAUAAAAA